UCGCUUCCUCCCUUAGUGUGGCUGACACUGUGUGAUGAUCAUGUGGUUCCCACAGCUGCUUAGAGUAGUGUGAAGCCCUCCUGACUUGGCACAGAAGUGAGCCAGGCCAGGAGUUGCAAGAUGCGGUGGCCUGUCCACGGCAGAACUGUUGAGCCCUGUCCUGUGGCACACCACACCAGUGCUCUCAUCAAACAAGCAAGGAGGAAAACGUGGUCAGUGACCCGGGGAAUAAGAAAGGAGUGGCCAAGGUUGAGCUGCCGGGCCCUGGCCAACUGGUUUGGAGUAAGGGGUGUACAGAAACAGGAAGUGCUACUCAGCCUGGAUUGCCCCUGCUCCUCCCGACAGCCCCACCCUUCACCUGAGAGCUGGCCUCCCAGCCAGGCCCACCUGCUACGCUUGGCCCAGAGCAGGACUGGCAAUUCAUGGCAGCCCCAGUGGCCCACCCCUUUCACAGAAGAGGGUCCCCAAGGGAAGACCCUGGCCCUCCACUGCUCUCUUCCUGCCAGGAAGCCAUCUGGUUAAAACAGGGAGGACAAGGAAACUCAGUAGCCAGAUUGGAUGGCAGGCCAAGGGGAGGGCAAUUCUCCCCUCCCAAAGUUCAUGCUCCUCUGCCAAGAAAACCUGGAGUCACCCUUGGCAUGUCCCCAGCCCUACCCUGGGAGGAGCUGAGCCCUUUACAGGCAUGGGGCUGCUCCCCCCAUUCCUACAGUCUCUGCUAAUGAGGGCCUGUCACCAGGCCCCAGGCCUGAGUCACCGCACCAGUGGCAGGUCUCUUCCUUCCACAGUUGUUCCACACGCCUGCCUUUCAAUUAACUCCCACCCUCCCUGAGCUCCUCCCACCCAGACACACUGUGGGCUGGGGAGCCUGCCUGCCUGCUGGGCCCAGGGCAGCGGGGCUGUGAUGAGAAAGGAAGCAGUGUGGUGACACAUAAAGCAGGGCUGCCCCCAGACAAGUCCCCAGAGGAAUCUUAAGCUCCCCAUUGCCCUGGGGUGUUGGUCACAGCUGCCCCAAUCCCUGCAUGCGGAUGCUGCAAUUACCCAAGAGCAUGAAACCCAGCUUCCCACCUGACUGAGUCAGCUGAAAACACAAACACGUCUUCACCGCCACAAACAGCCAAGCCACUAAUCAGAGUCGGGAGCCGCCGGCAGAGAGGACACACUACCCUAGAGACGGCACAGGAGCCAGGCCCCUCUGCCUCCUGCCUAUGGAAGGAGUACCCGGUGCUCCUGUCUGGCCCAAGAAGAUCCGCCUCUGCCACCACCAGAGCUGCCCUCACUCCAGCUCCAGUAAGUGCUGCUUCUUCCUCUUGGGGUUUUUCCACUGCCCUCUCAAGUAACCAGGCCACUCCAGUCCCUGUGGGAAACCUGCUGCCAGAACUCCCAGCGCUCUGCUCUCCUGGAUAAAAAAGCACCCUCUUCCUGGGACUUCAUCUCACCAUCGAAGACACGGCCAAAGCUCUGUGCUGAGCAGAAACUCCGAGGCCUCUGCUUCUGGCCCACUAGGGGUGUCUCCCUGAUUCUUGGCAUUCAUUGCUCCAGCACGGACCAAAUGUUCACCAGCUGCUCUUGAAUGCCUGUCUGCCGGGCUUCUGAGGUACCAGGCCUGUCUGCUGGCUGCCCUGGGCCCCAUGGAGACCUGGCGGAAAGGCUCCUUCCGCAAUGCCUCCUUCUUCAAGCGGCUGAGCCUGGGGCGGCCACGGCGACUCCGGCGACAGGGCAGUGUGCUUAGCCAGGCCAGCACCGCUGGUGGUGACCAUGAGGAAUACAGCAACCGAGAGGUCAUACGGGAGCUGCGAGGGAGGCCAGAUGGCCGGCGCCUGCCACUGUGGGGGGACGAGCAGCCUCGGGCCACCCUCCUGGCCCCACCCAAGCCCCCACGCCUCUACCGAGAGAGCUCCAGUUGCCCCAACAUCCUGGAGCCCCCACCCGCCUACUCUGCUGCCUACUCAGCCACCCUGCCGUCAGCACUCUCUCUGGGGGACGCCCUACACCAAUACUCAGAGGACGACCUUUUGGACACUCCCUCCUUCCAGAGGACACCUGCUCCGGACCUUAAUGAUCCCUUCUUCUCCUUCAAAGUGGACCUGGGGAUUUCACUUCUUGAGGAAGUCCUACAGAUGCUGAGGGAACAAUUUCCCAGCGAGCCCAGCUUCUGAAUGGGGUGAGGGGAGGCAGAGCUGGAGUGACUGGAAGAGCUGGAGCCUGGGGACCCAGGGAAGGAGGGGAUGAUCAUGGAUGAAGGAAUGGGCAGCAAUGGGAAUCCAGGGCUCUGGCUGCCCUCUGGGUCCUGAACAGGUCUCUAAGUCACCCCAGAGUGGAGGGACAGAGGCAAGCUGGAAAUGUUGGGAGGGAACCUCAUGGCAGGAGCCCUGAAGGAAGCUGGCUGGGCCUGGAUUGGGAGGCCACGCCCUGCAACCACAGGAACCAGGCAGAGGCCAGCAGAGCCAGAGAGCAGCAUGGGGGUGAGUAAGAGAGUGGGAGGACACGGCAGAACAGACGGGUGCCCUGCACCACCCACCUUGGAAGCUACUGUCAACAGAGAGAGGUCACAGGACAAGCCUGGGCAAAAGUGGUCCAACCCAGGCCAAAAAGGAAAGCAGGCACACCUGAGAGGAGAAUAGAGACAGGCUCUACCCUGUUCACCCUGGUGGCCUCUCGCUGUAUGAGGCUAUUUAAAUUGAGACUGAAAUUAAAUAAAACAUUAAGUUACUCAGUUUCAAAUGUUCAGGAGCCCCACAUGAUUAAGGCUGCCACAAUGGAUAGUGCAGAAUGGACAUUCCCACCACAAGACAGAGUCCUACUGGACAGCGCUGGCUAGAGCACAGCCCGGAGCCCUGGCAGACAAGGGGGAAACAUACGGGGGCUGCAAGGGAAGGGAGGGGCUGGCGGAGCAGGGAGAGGUAGGUAGAGAUAUAGAGCAUAGCUCAGGAAAAAAGCCACACAAACAUUGGCAGAAGGGGGUGGCAUGAGAGACUCAACCUCCAACACAGCUACCAGAGCAAUCCCUGCUCCCUGAGGCAAGCAGCGCUCGGGAAUGCCAGCUGAAGGCACAGGCACAGCUUGCAAAGAGGUGUUCUGGGAAUUCCCAAAAUUAUUAGUGAUGGGAGCGCUUGGGAAAUGCAACAGAACAGUGGCAGAUUUCCUUCCUAGAAGAGAGGAGGACUGGAAAGGAGAUGGACGCUAAGUGGUAGACAGGCACAACUGGUCUCCAGAACCUUGUACCAGGCCUGGGGAGCUCUGCUUUGCCCAAACCCUCUGACAAUGGGCUUUUCAACCAAGCCAGGCCCGCUGGGUCAAGGCCAUAGGCUGUUUGCUACUGCCCCAUCCUGUAGCCUGGCCAGAAGACUUGAAGCAAGAGCCCAGCAGCACUCAGCCGGGUCACGUGGUGCUGGGCCACAUGGCCCCUGAGCCUCUCCAAGAGUGGCAAGGGGGAGAGGGAGGCUUCUAGACACACCGCUUCCACAACCCAAAUCAGUGGCCUUCCUCUUUGCUUCUCUUGUUAGAUGUGCCAAGCUGAAAGGCUCCUCUGUGGAUAUGGGAAAGAAUGAAUAAAAUUCUUUCUAACAACC